GAUGAUUUCAUGUGCGAUGAUGAGGAGGACUACGAUUUGGAAUACUCUGAAGAUAGUAACUCCGAACCAAAUGUGGACUUGGAAAAUCAGUACUAUAAUUCCAAAGCAUUAAAAGAAGAUGACCCAAAAGCAGCCUUAAGCAGUUUCCAAAAGGUUUUGGAACUUGAAGGUGAAAAAGGAGAAUGGGGAUUUAAAGCACUGAAACAAAUGAUUAAGAUUAACUUCAAGUUGACAAACUUUCCAGAAAUGAUGAACAGGUAUAAACAACUAUUGACCUAUAUUCGGAGUGCAGUUACAAGAAAUUAUUCUGAAAAAUCCAUUAAUUCUAUUCUUGAUUAUAUUUCCACUUCUAAACAGAUGGAUUUACUGCAGGAAUUCUAUGAAACAACUCUGGAAGCUUUGAAAGAUGCUAAGAAUGAUAGACUGUGGUUUAAGACAAACACAAAGCUUGGCAAAUUAUAUUUAGAACGUGAGGAAUAUGGAAAACUUCAGAAAAUUUUACGACAGUUACAUCAGUCCUGCCAGACUGACGAUGGAGAAGAUGACCUGAAAAAGGGUACACAGUUAUUAGAAAUAUAUGCUUUGGAAAUUCAAAUGUAUACAGCACAGAAAAAUAACAAAAAACUUAAAGCACUCUAUGAGCAGUCUCUUCAUAUAAAAUCUGCCAUCCCCCACCCACUGAUCAUGGGAGUCAUCAGAGAAUGUGGUGGUAAAAUGCACUUGCGAGAAGGUGAAUUUGAAAAGGCACAUACUGAUUUUUUUGAAGCCUUCAAGAAUUAUGAUGAAUCUGGAAGUCCCAGACGAACCACUUGCCUAAAAUAUUUGGUUUUGGCAAAUAUGCUAAUGAAAUCGGGAAUAAAUCCAUUUGACUCACAGGAGGCCAAGCCGUAUAAAAAUGAUCCAGAAAUUUUAGCAAUGACAAACUUAGUAAGUGCCUAUCAGAAUAAUGACAUCACUGAAUUUGAGAAGAUUCUGAAAACAAACCACAGCAACAUAAUGGAUGAUCCUUUCAUAAGAGAACACAUUGAAGAACUUUUACGAAACAUCAGGACACAAGUGCUCAUAAAGUUAAUUAAGCCUUACACAAGAAUACAUAUUCCUUUUAUUUCUAAGGAAUUAAACAUAGAUGUAGCUGAUGUGGAGAGCUUGCUGGUGCAGUGCAUAUUGGAUAACACUAUUCAUGGCCGAAUUGAUCAAGUCAAUCAGCUCCUUGAACUGGAUCAUCAGAAGAGGGAUGGUGCAUGAUAUACGGCACUAGAUAAAUGGACCAACCAACUAAAUUCUCUCAACCAGGCUGUAGUCAGUAAACUGGCUUAA